AUGUUGGUGCACCAUGGGAGAGUUGUAAUGGAUUACUUCACUAAGUGGCCAGAAGUCUUCGCCAUUUCAAAUGAAGAGGCUUCAACAGUUGCAGAUAAACUACUAGUUCAUGAAGUCUUCUGUCGUUUUGGAGUACCUUUAGAGAUUCACAGCGAUCAAGGAAGGAAUUUUGAGUCUCAAAUAUUCGAGGAAACUUGCCGAGUUAUGGGUACUCAUAAAACAAGAACAACUUCUUACCACCCACAAUCUGAUGGAAUGGUAGCGCGAUUUAAUCAAACAUUGGAGAGGUACCUAGCAAAAGUUGUGAAAAACGGCAAAGAGACUGGGACAGGCAUAUACAAUCGUUUUUGUUGUCAUAUCGAAGCGCUGUUCACGAAAGUACAUCAGUGA